AUGGGUAUGCAUCUAGUGACAUCGCAAUCCUCAGAUCCUGACAAUUCCGCCAUAACACCCCCAGAAGCUUUGAUCGGUGACGGCCUCGACUCCCUUCGAAACGUCGGUUCGAACGGGCCCUUGAUCCCAUCGGACAGCUCCACGUCCAUCAUCCACUCCAUCUCGUGGGGAACGCGUGAUUACGCUACACGAAGGGAAGGCUAUAUUAACCGAUAUGGACGGGAGCAGCGGCUCUACACACUGGGCGUCCGUGGAAACUGCGGGUUGGCGCGGCUUCAAGAGCUGUGCCUCUAA